GCUCCAGGGCAAUCGCUGACCGAGGACCGGGAUGCUGCGCGUGCGGUGUGUGCGUGGCGGGAGCCGCGGCGCUGAGGCCCUGCACUACCUCGGGUCUCGGCUCGGAAGAACCGUGACAGGAUGGGUGCAGCGAACUUUCCAGAGCACCCAGGCAGCCCCAGCCUCCUCCCAGAAAUCCUGUGCAGCUGAUGAGAAGGCCACCGACCCUCUGCCCAAGGACUGCCCCGUCUCCUCCUACAACGAGUGGGACCCUUUAGAGGAAGUGAUCGUGGGCAGAGCGGAAAACGCCUGUGUGCCGCCCUUCACAGUGGAGGUGAAGGCCAACACGUAUGAAAAGUACUGGCCAUUUUACCAAAAGUAUGGAGGUCAAUAUUUUCCCAAAGAUCACUUGAAAAAGGCUGUUGCUGAAAUUGAAGAAAUGUGCAAUAUUUUAAAAAUGGAAGGAGUGGUGGUGAGGAGACCCGACCCCAUUGACUGGGCAUUUCAGUACAGAACUCCUGACUUUGAGUCUACGGGUUUAUACAGCGCGAUGCCCCGAGACAUCCUUAUCGUCGUGGGAAAUGAGAUUAUCGAGGCUCCCAUGGCGUGGCGCUCGCGCUUCUUCGAGUACAGAGCGUACCGCUCGCUUAUCAAAGACUACUUCCACCGCGGGGCCAAGUGGACCACGGCGCCCAAGCCCAUGAUGGUGGACGAGCUCUAUGACAAGAAUUAUCCCAUCCACAGUGUGGAAGACAGACACAAACUGGCUGCUCAGGGAAAGUUUGUGACCACUGAAUUUGAGCCCUGCUUUGAUGCUGCUGACUUCAUUCGAGCCGGAAGAGAUAUUUUUGCACAGAGAAGCCAGGUGACAAAUUGCCUGGGCAUUGAAUGGAUGCGCAGGCAUCUCGCUCCAGACUACAGAGUGCAUGUCAUUUCCUUUAAGGACCCCAACCCCAUGCACAUCGACGCCACCUUCAACAUCAUCGGGCCUGGGCUCGUGCUUUCCAACCCUGACCGUCCGUGUCACCAGAUUGAUCUAUUCAAGAAAGCAGGAUGGACCAUAGUUACUCCUCCAACACCGACCAUCCCAGAUGAUCAUCCGCUGUGGAUGUCGUCCAAAUGGCUUUCCAUGAACGUCCUGAUGCUGGAUGAGAAACGUGUCAUGGUGGACGCCAACGAAGUCCCAACGCAGAAGAUGUUUGAGAAGCUGGGGAUCAGCACCAUUAAGGUCAGCAUCCGUCACGCCAAUUCCCUGGGAGGAGGCUUCCACUGCUGGACCUGUGACGUCCGCCGCCGAGGCUCGCUUCAGUCCUACUUUGACUGACAGGCCCCCCAGGGCUGAGUUUAGGGCUGGUCCCGCUACUUCUGCUUCACCAAGUGCAUGACCUGUAGUGCUUUGAACAAUCAUAUCCUUAACAGGGGUCUCUAGCCUAGUUUACUUUUAUUACUUUUCUUUGACAUAAGGAAAAUAACUUCCGCUAUGUAUCACUUUCUUCUCCUAAAGUUAUUUACUCUUUGGCUUCCAGUGUAAAACCUUGGUGAAUAUGUACCAAGACGAAAAUUAGUCACCUGAGUAACCCGGCCACUAAUAUUUAACCAUCUACCUCUGUUUGUACCUUUCUUUCCUCAAGGCAGCUUGGAAUACUGGUUCUAAUCUUCAUUGUUUUUUCCUUUUUCAUAGGCUUGUAAGUGUUUGUAUCACUUCUCUCUAAAUGAGAGGGAGACUUAGAAUUUACACAGAUCCUAAGUAGAACCAGAUCAUUCUCUUUUUCUAAUAAGGAAGUUGAGUAGUUUUUUUUUUUUUUUUUUUUAAAUAAGCUAGAUACCGCAAACACUGACAUGAAUUUUUCAUGAAGGUUUUUAAUAUUUUCUUCUCAACAUUGGUGAGAUGUGCUACUAAACACCAUAUCAUACAACUUACCUCAUUUCAGGAGAACUCUUUUAAUCAGUUCCUCUCUUUCCAGAAAUUUCCACAAAUGUUUAGCAUGAUAGGAUAUAACUAUCGGCUCCUGUUCCUAAAUUCCCAAUAUCUAAUAGAUACAUUGCGUCUUUGGUAAUCUCAGAUUUGUUUACAGAUGUGCAAAUUAUUUAAAGCACAGACUUUAAAAGCAUUUGAAAAAACUAAUAGAGGAAACAUGUGAUGUGACAUAAUUUUAAUGUUGGAUACUGUGUGUGUAUUUUUAUUCUAAUAAAUGUUUGUGUUCCAGAUUAUAUUUUA